AUGACGCUUGAAGCACCACAACGAGUUUGGGUUAUCGAUGAACAUUUGGCGUGGGAUAAUCUAAUUUAUUUAGCAGUUAGUCGCGUAGAAUAUUUGAGCCAGCUAAUUCGGAUAGAAGGUCCUCCAUUACCUCCUGAGAUUGAAGAAGCAAAAAAUAAGAAAGCAAUUGAACGAUCCCUAAGACCAUUUAUUUCUGGAAAACUCGUAAGAUAUAUGGAUCAAGAUAAGAAAAAAG